GCUAUCAAUGGUAUGCCCUUCUGGAUUAACACUGUCAACGCUGGCCAGCCAGCCGUCGGCACCGGUCUGAUCUUCUCCAUGUAUACUAUCGGCCAAAUUAUCGCACCGAUCUUCGCAGGCCCCUUCACCGACUACUUUGGCCGUAAGUGGGGUGUCCUGUCGGGAUGUAUCGUCAUCUGCAUCGGCACCGCUGUAAUCUCGUCUUCGUUCGGGCAGACCCAGUUCGUCGGGGGCCGUUUCCUACUCGGUUUUGGCGCAUCUGUGAUCUCGGUCGCCGCACCCGCAUAUUGUGUAGAGGUCGCCCCACCUCAGUGGAGAGGACGCAUGAUGGGCCUGUUUAACACGGGCUGGUACUCUGGUUCCAUUCCUGCUGCGGGCAUCACCCUUGGGACACGUAACAUCAUGUCCGACUGGUCGUGGCGUGUGCCGCUCAUCCUCCAAGGUUUACCCGCCCUUGUGGUAUGCUUCAUUAUUAUGUUUCUCCCCGAGUCACCGCGAUGGCUUAUGGCACAAGGCAAAGACGACCAGGCUCUUGCCUUCCUCAUCAAGUACCACGGAUCGGGGAACCCGGAUGAUCCGAUCGUUCAGCUCCAAUACGACGAGUUCAAAGAAGCAAUCGAGCUGGACGCUUCCGACAAGCGUUUCUGGGACUGGUCUGAGCUGUAUAACACUGCCAAUGCGCGCUGGCGUUCCCUCAUGGUUAUCUUCAUGGGAGUUGCCGGACAGUUCUCGGGAUCUGGCCUGAGUUACUUCAACUUGCAACUGUAUUCCCAGCUUGGUUUCAACACGACUCAGCAAUUUGAUUUCAAUCUUGGGAACCAGUUCAUGAGCUGCACGGGAUCAACGAUUGGAACCAGUCUGGCGGAUAGGCUUCCUAGGCGUAAGGCGCUGAUUGGUGGAACAUUUGGCUGUGCGAUGAUGCUUGUCUGUGCGGGCGCGUUCUCCGAGCUCGUAUCUCAAGGGCGCGCGAGUCCUGCUAUGGAGCGUGCUGGUGUCGCGUGCUACUUCAUGUUCCACAUUAUCUCCGGGUUUACGUUCACUCCCCUGCAGCCAACCUAUCCGUCCGAGUGCCUCAAGACCAACACUCGUGCGAAAGGGAUGGCGCUAUAUUCGAUCGUAUGCGGCGCCUUCAGCUUCAUCAAUACGUUCGCUGGCCCGAUCGCGCUUGCUAACAUCACGUAUAACUACAUCUACUUCUUCGUCGCAUGGGACCUAUUCGAGUGCAUCAUCUGGUACUUUUUUGGUAUCGAGACACUCGGAAGGACGAUCGAGGAGAUGGAAGAGAUUUUCAGCGCAUCAAAUCCUGUCAAGGCGAGCAUUGCCAAUAGGGACAUCCUUCUUGAUGAUGUGCAUGAGAGGGUGUGAACGUUGGCGUAUACGUACGGUCUGUAACAUACUGCUCCGUUCUUGCUCCACAUAGACAAUAAUGUUGCUGUUGAUGCAUUUCA